AUGUCAACGUCCUCAUCGUCGAACACCGGCCGAGUGGGUACUGGCGGCACAGGGGGUUCCGCUCCGGGCUCAGGAAACGGUGCAGGUGGUGCAGGUGGUGGAAAUGGAAGUGGUGAGGGUAGAGGGUGCGGUCAGGGAGCACAUUCCAUCGAGGGUUUGAAAGAGGUAUUCUUCCUCCUGCUAUCGAACCCAUCACCGACAAUCAGCCUACUAUUGCUGCUCUUUUCUGGGUGCAUCGUUAUACGCUUGUUUGGGAUUCUAAUUUCUCGAAAGGCGGUCGUGAGUGCUCGGGCUCAAACCGGCCGAAAGAAGAGCCGAUUAUAUCAGGCAACUACGGUCUCUGCGUCCAGUUCUCCCGGCCCACCUGAUGCACCCGAAGUUGCCUCCGUGGCUGCCUCCACGACUGCCUCAUCUGUUACGGCUACGAAGGGAUUUAGAGCUGGAGGGGAUGUUGUUCGGUCAUUUUCGGGUGCCGGGGCCACGUCCGCUUCUCGAGUGAGGCACCCGACGGAUCCUACACCUACUCCAUCAUACCCAUUCCCUCGGAUGGAGACACCGAGAACUCUAUCCAGUGGCAGCGUAUCGGCUGCUUUCGACUUGAACAUGUCAUCGGGUAUGGGCCCCCAAGAUAAGCCUAUUCCAUCCGGUACCAAUACCCCUGCUUCAUUUGCUUUCCAACCCCCCGGUGCCCAACCCAUAGCUUCAUGGGAGAACCCUGACUUUCCUACACCAAAUAUGUAUGAGCUUGCUCUGCUAUUACACUCCGAGGCUGGGAUAGACGCCUUCUGGAGUAACAUCGUCAAGAUCGCUACCAGUUGUUAUAAGGCAGAGCGAGUUACAUUGGCAGUACCGUCCGAUCUUACGGACCUAGAGAAUACCCCUUGGGGCCAAAAGGCUACUUUUAACAUUGCUGAAGAUGAUUGCUUGUCAUUAACUUAUAUGGGAGAUGCGGGGUGUGUGGAUGAUCGAGAAGAGUCAUCGCCUGAGGAAGACGAUGGAACCCAUGACGUCCCUAUCCCCAAAGAGUUUGGUUCACCAACACAAUCGGAAAAUAAGGCUGGAUGGGAAGGGCUCGGAUCGAAAGUGGAACACGAUGAUGAUCUUGCCGAACCUUUGCACAUCGAUAUGAAUCCGGAUGAACCAUUUACUCCGGUGACCAUCGGAUUGGCGGAAAGUUGUCAUGACAGUGCAAGGGAGUCGGACUGGCUUUCUGAGACUAGCAGCCUGUCACCAUUGGAGCCUCCCCAGCCCCCACCGUUGCCCCCAGAGUUGGGAAGACAAAGGCGGAGGGAUAUGUCUCCUUCCGGAGGUGCCGAUGAUGAGAUUAGGGGUCGGGUGUUCAAGACGCUGCAACCCUUAAAUUAUGAGGCCGAUGCGUUGUUGGAUGGUGCUGGUGUUAGUAGGGUAUUACAGCGGGGGAAGGUUGUGGUUUUAGGGAGGGAAUAUAGGGACGUCAAGACUCAUCUUGAAGGGUUAGAAAAGCGGCGGAAGGAGGCUAGGGAAGCCGAGGAAGCUGCUGCUGGAAAACCCUCACCACCCAAUGUUUCCGGCGGCCCAGCAAAAUCGUCUGUGUCGAUACCUGAAGCAGCGUCGACACAGGGUGUGGAGAAACUUGACCUGAGUUCGGUGAACAAUGGGAUGCCACAAAUACCCUCACAACCUCCCACCCCAUUAUUUUUUGCCGCGCGUUCCGAAUCACCGGAUAAAGCCCACUCUUACGAGGAGUACGAGCAGGCCCUCACGUCGCCAUGGAGCCAAUCACCGGCUCCAUCUCCGGCACCAAAACAGGAUCCGCACGAAAAUCCCUUCUUUGCUCUACCAAAGGUUGACGAGGAAUCAUUCGAUCCCCAAGUAAGCAGCCCUGUGUACUCGACCCAAGAGCGGGUCAAUGCGAUUGGAUUCGAGAGUGCGUGGACAGUUAUCCACAUACCCCUAGUUCAUCCUAGUCAGUCCAAACAUGAUCCGGCGAGUCACAAGAAGGCUCCUAUCGCCAUUCUUUCGAUAUUGAGUCCUGUUAUCCCGUACCCGAGGAAUUUGAUUCACUCACUCUCACAUUUUGCGCCAUUGGCUGCUACGGCAUUUUCUUUGGCGCAAAGCCAUGCCAAUGUCGUGAAUCAACUCACUCACUUACGAUAUGGGAGACCCUUCGAGCGGAAGAUGGAUGUGGAGUCGAUAUUGACCAAUUCUUUCCAUUAUCCCACCCCUCCCGAUAAUUUCGGCGGUGCGAGCGUUACGAGUCCGAGUGAGAUUAGCAGUUCGCUAUCGAAGGAUAGUUCGUCAAGGGUUGCGAGCCCUGGUUGGGAGGGUGUCACCUUAGGGAUGACAGGUCCUCAUGGUAGCGGGUCGGGUAGCAGGUCGUGGAAUAAUAGUGCGGCUAGCACCCCCGCUAGUCCGGGGAUGGAACGACAGGACGAAUAUUUUGGACCACCUCCACGGGGAGGGAAGAUAUUUAGUAGGCAGAAUAGUGGGAAUGUUCCAACGCUAUCCACCUUGCGAGCUAGGAUUCCCAUGGUAGAAUUGAAGGUUCGGAUAGAGGAUGAGGGGACUACAGGCUCCAGCGGAACAGCCAAGGGAAAGAGACGGGAGAGUAGUCAUGCUGCGCAGAGGAGGAGGGCCGAUAUGGGCAUGGGCUCAAGUAAGUUCCCUAAUCAUACGGAUCUACGGAGGGGUACAAACCCAAAUAAGACACCGACGCAACACCUUGGUGCGAUCGCAGCCGAAGGGGCAUCACCACCCGUAUCACCGGGACCGGAAAUAGCACACCAGCAUCGCCGCGGUCGAGGCGUUCCCCGGAGGAAGAGGCCAGGGCUAUCUCCGGGCUACCCACAUACUUUGCUGCAUUCGUAUGGGGCAGAUUAUGCAGCAACGUUCCAAUCAUUAUAUGCUACAACGUCACUUCCCGGGGCUCCAUCUGGACGGCAUGGUAUAUCCUCUAAGUUGGCUACUUCUAUCCAGCCGUUGAAUGAAAUGCCACCCCCAUCCAACAGGUUGCUAAGGACAAUUAUUGAUUCUAUACCAGUUCAUGUUUUCACGGCUUUACCACACAACGGGGAAACCACCUGGGUUAAUGCUAGGAUGCUGGACUACAGAGGAUCCACGGUCGAAGAGCUCAUAAAAGGACCUUGGGAUGCCCUUCACCCUGACGACCGGGGCGAUUAUGUGAAACGAUGGGGAACUGCCAUUCGGAAGGGUGAAGCAUUCUCACAUCAGGUCCGGAUCCGCCGGUUCGAUGGCAUUUAUCGGUGGUUCAUGAUCCGUGCUGUUCCGUUACGAGAUUCGCGAGGUAUCAUUGUGCAUUGGUUCGGCACUAAUAUGGAUAUUCAUGAUCAGAGGUUGGCGGAGGUGGAUGCCGCGCGUCAAUCAGAGAUGGCCGAAUCGGAGUCUAAAUAUAGGUCGCUUGCGAACUCAAGUCCACAGAUUGUUUUUGCUGCCACUUCCAACGAUGGGAUUACCUAUGCCAAUACCCAAUGGCAGGGAUACUCCGGACAGACUCUUCCCCAGGCCUUGCAAUUGGGAUUCAUGGAACAUGUUCAUCCUGCGGAUAGACACAAGUGCGCCUUGCCGGGACCGGGGGAGACUUUGGUUAAUGGCCUACCAUGCCUUGGUAAUUCAUUCAAGAUGACAGCGGGUGGGGGAAACCUUGGAGCCUCUGGAUCUGGAAAAUUCGAGGAAGAGAAGCCCACCUUCUCUACGGAACUCAGGCUCAAAGAUAAGCAUGGCAAUUACCGUUGGCACUUGGUUAGAUGUGUUGGCGUAGAGACCAAUUUCGGCACCGGGGAUGGCCAAUGGUUUGGAACUUGCACGGAUAUCAAUAAUCACAAAUUGCUCGAGCAGAGGUUGAAGGAAGCGAAGGAUGCUGCGCAGAAGACUAUGGAGAGCAAGACGAGGUUUUUGGCUAACAUGAGUCAUGAAAUCCGAACUCCGCUUAUCGGUAUAUCGGGAAUGGUUAAUUUUCUCCUCGAUACUCCGUUGAAUGGGGAGCAGCUCGACUAUUGCCACACAAUUUCCCAGAGCUCGGAUGGGCUUUUGAGCGUCAUCAAUGACAUUCUCGACUUAUCUAAGGUUGAGGCUGGCAUGAUGAGGAUGAAUCCUGAAUGGUUUAGGAUCAAUACUUUGAUUGAAGACGCCAAUGAGCUUCUAAGUGCAAUGGCCGUCGCUAAGGACCUUGAGCUAAGCUUUAUCGUUGAAGAUGAUGUGCCACCCGUGGUUUGCGGUGAUCGGGUUAGGCUCAGGCAGGUAAUGUUGAACGUCAUUGGGAAUGCUAUCAAGUUCACUACCAAGGGCGAGGUUUUCUCGAGGUGGUCUGUCAUAAAAGACGCCCAGGUUGGGGAAGGCGAGGUCAUGCUGCAAUUCGAGUGCCAUGAUACCGGACCUGGUUUCGACAGAAAAGAUGAAGAGUUGAUGUUCAAGCCAUUUAGUCAAAUUGACGGAUCGAGCACUCGAGAGCACGGGGGUAGCGGGCUUGGCCUGGUCAUCUCACGGCAGCUUGUUGAACUCCAUGGUGGGCGGAUGACAGCGAAGAGCCAGAAGGGCAAGGGAUCGACGUUUAUCUGUAGCUCGAAGUUUAGGCUUCCACGGAAUCCCACAGAUUCGUCGACUACCCCGCAAGCUGCGGUUACACCUUCGGCAAUUACCGAGUCACCUGGCCAAAAACGGGGCAUUCUUGAAUCUGCCAGGCUCAACGAUUAUCGAUCAGACACUCCUCCAGGCCCAGCAUUUAGUGAAGGUCAUUCUUUAGGUACCCUAUUCUCGGCUAGCCAUGAACCUGGCUCCGCGGCCUCUAUCCGACCCACUGGGUCUGCAGUCGGGCAGGUGCAUGGUCUCCCAAUCCGGUCACCGCCUGAUCCCGCUGCCAUGCGACUUUCCCUUCCAUCUGGAGUCCAACAGAAGUACAUGGCAUAUACUCCUCCCCAACCCGGGCAGCAUAAUUCAGCAAAUUAUCACGGUCCUCCAAUAGGUUCCGAGCUUGGCCGUGCAGUCUCCCCUCCGAUGUUUUCCAUAUUAAUUGUUUCGGAGCAACAUUAUUCCCGAGUCGCUAUUGCCCACCAUAUCAGGGUGACGUUACCUAAGGGUAUUCCAAAUCAGAUCACGGAUGUGUCUAAGUUUUCCGAGAGUAAGGAUUUGAUUGGCGGAGAGGAUCCCGUUGUGUUUACUCAUGUUGUCAUUAAUCUCCCUGAGCAUUUGGAGAUUAUCGAGCUCUUGACUAUGCUAUUGAACAGUUCGAUCCAUUCGCAGACAACCACCCUCGUUCUCACAAAUCCUACGCAAAGAGCGACCAUCAUGCAAGGUGCAGCAGAUGUGUGCGAUCGCAUGAGCUUGAGAUUGCAGUUCAUUUACAAACCCAUCAAACCCUCACGUUUCGGAGUCAUAUUUGAUCCGGCCAACGAAAGAGAUGCCUCAACAGAUAGAAAUAGAGAUUCUGCACAGCAGGUUGUAGAGAGCCAGAAGAGGGUUUUCAGUCAGAUGGAGAAAGAGGUCGGGAAUAAAGGGUAUCGGGUGUUACUUGUCGAGGACAACAGAGUGAAUCAGAAGGUUCUAUUGAGGUUUUUGGCCAGAGUUGGGUUGGAAGUUGAGACGGCAAGCGAUGGCGAGGAGUGUGUCGAGAGGGUCUUUGAGCACGAGCCGGGGCACUAUGGGCUAAUACUUUGCGAUCUCCACAUGCCAAGAAAAGACGGAUUCCAGGCCACCAAGGAAAUCCGUCUCUGGGAACAGGAACACAAAGCCCAUAGAGUACCUAUAGUAGCCCUUUCAGCGAACGUGAUGUCGGACGUGGCGGAUCGGUGUAUUGCUGCCGGCUUUUCUCGAUAUGUUUCGAAACCUGUGGACUUUAAAGAAUUGAGCUCAACGAUCAAGGACUUGUUGCAGGAUUCGCAGGAAGGCGAAUUCGAUCACAUUGAGUAA